CGCGGGGCCGCGAGAGCGCGGGUGACAGGCCCGGCCUCGCGGGGAGGCCCGAGCCGGCGGGUGCCCCGGCCCCGCGCCGCGCCGGCUGUUCAUGAAGCAUGUCGGCCACCAGCGUGGACCCCCAGAGAACGAAAGGACAGGAUACUAAAGUACAAAAUGGUUCUUUGCAUCAGAAGGAUAGCGUUCAUGACAGUGACUUUGAGCCCUACCUUUCUGGACAGUCAAACCAGAGUAACAGUUACCCCUCCAUGGCCGACCCCUACUUGUCCAGCUACUACCCGCCGCCGUCCAUCGGAUUCCCCUACUCCCUCAGCGAGGCACCCUGGUCCACUGGCGGGGACCCCCCGAUCCCGUACCUCACCACCUACGGCCAGCUCAGUAACGGAGACCAUCACUUCAUGCAUGAUGCUGUUUUUGGGCAGCCCGGGGGCCUGGGGAGCAACAUCUACCAGCACAGGUUUAACUUCUUCCCCGAGAACCCCGCCUUCUCGGCCUGGGGCACAAGUGGGUCUCAGGGGCAGCAGGCUCAGAGCUCCGCCUAUGGGAGCAGCUACACCUACCCGCCCAGCUCCCUGGGCGGCACCAUUGUGGACGGGCAGGCGGGCUUUCACAGUGACACCCUCAGCAAGGCCCCUGGCGUGAACAGCCUGGAGCAAGGCAUGGUGGGCCUGAAGCUCGGGGACGUCACCACCUCUGCUGUCAAGACGGUGGGGUCGGUGGUCAGCAGCGUGGCCAUGACGGGCGUCCUGUCUGGCAGCGGAGGGCCCAGUGUGAACAUGCCAGGGUCGAAGCCCACGUCGUGGGCGGCCAUUGCCAGCAAGCCCGCCAAGCCCCAGCCGAAGAUGAAGGCCAAGAGUGGACCUGUGAUCGGGGCUGCGCUGCCCCCUCCGCCCAUAAAGCAUAACCUGGACAUCGGCACCUGGGACAACAAAGGGCCGGCGCCCAAGGCCCCCCAGCAGGCGCCGGCCCCCCAGGCGACGCCCCAGCCCCAGCCGGUGGCGCAGCCUCUCCCGGCUCAGCCUCCCCCUUUGGCCCACGCGCAGUAUCCAGGCCCCCCUCAGCCGCCCCAGACCCGCUGGGUCGCCCCUCGCAACAGAAACGCGGCAUUCGGGCAGAGCGGCCCCGGCUGCGGUGACAGCAACUCCCCCGGAGGCGCCCCGCCCGGCGCGGCCCCGAGCCUGGAGUCCCACCCCGUCCUUGAGAAGCUGAAAGCCGCGCACAGCUACAACCCGCGGGAGUUCGACUGGAACCUGAAGAGCGGGCGCGUGUUCAUCAUCAAGAGCUACUCGGAGGACGACGUGCACCGCUCCAUCAAGUACUCCAUCUGGUGCAGCACGGAGCACGGCAACCGGCGCCUGGACAGCGCCUUCCGCGCGCUGGGCAGCAAGGGGCCCGUCUACCUGCUCUUCAGCGUCAACGGCAGCGGGCACUUCUGCGGGGUGGCCGAGAUGAAGUCGCCCGUGGACUACGGCACCAGCGCCGGGGUCUGGUCUCAGGACAAGUGGAAGGGCAAGUUCGACGUGAAGUGGAUCUUCGUCAAGGACGUGCCCAACAACCAGCUCCGGCACAUCCGGCUGGAGAACAACGACAACAAGCCGGUCACCAACUCCCGCGACACCCAGGAGGUGCCCCUGGAGAAGGCGAAGCAGGUGCUGAAGAUCAUCGCCUCCUACAAGCACUCCACUUCCAUCUUCGACGACUUUUCGCACUACGAGAAGCGCCAGGAGGAGGAGGAGGUGGUGCGCAAGGAACGGCAGAAUCGGAGCAAACAGUGAGGACAGAGCCGUUUCCUGCACCGUCUGACACGGACUGUGGGACCGUGCGCCCGGCACGGCGGAGGGCGUGGUGCGGGGCGCCGUCCCGGGCGUCGGCCCGGCCGGCCUCGUGCAGGGCUCGAGCGCGCGCGUCUUGCCCUUGUUUGUAGUUUACGUGUGCCCAGAGCGGCCCUCGUCCGUCUGUCCCCUUUCUGUGUGUCAUGGUCGGUGAGCGCUCACGGGGAGGGCGGUUUGUCGGCUGAUGGCUCAGACCGCCGGAGCGCUCAGCGUGAGUAGCCGUGAGGACCGAGUCCAGUCCAUCCCAAAGAUUUAUUCUUGUUAUCAUGGUUAUUUUCGGUGACAAUUACGCUCUCGUUCUCACACUCACAGUCAUUUGACGUCUUUACACGAGGCUCGUCUCACCCCUUUUGCUUUAAUGGUGAACGUAAGAAACCCGAGUUGCCUGGCAUUUCGCGUGUUUUGUUUAAACAUUCUUCUUCAAGAUGCUCAGGUCGACAGGCUCGUUGUCACCGUGUCCAGCUGGUUUGCCAUUUUCUCUGUUACCUCCUGAUCUGCCCCUUUGAUUCCUACCCGACAGAAGGAAAGAUUUCAGGUGUUCAGAUUUGGCCACUGCGGUUUCCCUGGAACACCCGCCUCCCACGGCGGCCGUCCCCUUCCCUUGUUGUCCCUGGGGGGUCCUGACACCGGUUUGCGGUUUUGUACCGGUACUGCUGAGCUUUCCCGUGGGACCUAGGAAUCCAGACCCCGUGACGGAUGGUGCCACCGAUUGUAAAUUUCAGCGUGUGUCACUUUUCUUUUUCUUGUUGAAUGGGUUCAAAAAAGCAAAAAACAAAACCCUUUAGAAACUGAAUGUGCUGUCACGUUUUGUGGAUUGAGGGGCCGCUGAGGACGUCGCGCGGGAGUUUGAGCUGGAGCCUGAGAGCGGCGUGCGCGCCUGGCUCGUGCUCGCCGCCUGCCUGUGCCGCGCCGUCGCGGGCCCCCCCAGAACGCAGGUGCUUUCUGAAAACUUCACCACAGGCCCUCCGAGUUAAAGUUUAAGCUGUGCUAUUUAGACUCGUAUUUAGAACGUGUCACUUUCUCUGAACUGUUACUGCCUGUACAGAGUCACGGCCACAGGGCUGCUUCCCUCUAGGAGGUUACAAGCCUUAAUAAACAAAACCUAUUUAGCA